AUGGCGAGAGAGAAGCAAAAGACAAUAACAAUGAAGCCACUUAGCCCGGUGUCCCAGCUAUUCGUUUCGCCUGGUUUCUACUGCGUCAUUGUCUUUACUUUAGGGUUUAAAACUAGAUGCAACCCAUCAGCCAUUGUUGAAGGUAUCAAGAACACAUGGAUCAAGCUCCCUCGCUUCUCUAGCAAAGUGGUUAUGGAUGAUAAGAAAAAUGGAGAAGCGGUUUGGGUCCCUGUUAGUGUUCGAGUAGAAGAUCAUGUCAUUGUUCCCGACCUUGAUCAUUCCAACAUCGAAAAUCCUGAUGAGUUCAUACAAGACUAUACGUCAAACCUAGCUAAUACUCCAAUGGACAUGUCUAGACCUUUAUGGGAAUUUCAUGUACUGAAUAUAAAAACAUCUAAUGCAGAAUCUUUAGGUAUAGGGAAAUUCCAUCAUUCACUGGGUGAUGGGAUGUCUCUUAUGUCUCUUCUAUACGCAAGUUCACGAAAAACAUCAGAUCCCGACGCUCUUCCUACUACUGCGGCUACAAGAAAACAUGUUGACACCAAUGAUAAGGCUUGGUGGUUGUUGGUUGCAAGAUUUUGGUUUAUAAUAAGAGUCAUUAUUACAACUGCUACUGAAAUGUUCAAGUCACUCCUUACAGUAUGUUUUAUGCGGGAUACUAAAACUCCUCUUCUUGGUAAACUUGGAGAUGAAAUUCGACCUAGAAAGAUUAUCCAUCGGAUAGUAAGCUUUGAUGAUGUCAAGUUCGUAAAGAACGCAAUGGAAAUGAAAGUGAAUGAUGUUCUUCUUGGAAUGACACAGGCAGGUAUCUCAAGAUAUUUGAGUAAAAAAUAUGAAAAAGAUGAAGAUUCAACGGUCGGGAAGAAACAAUUUUUAGAAAAAAUCCGACUUCGUGGUACAGUAGCUGUAAAUUUAAGACCAGAUACAAAGAUAGAGGAUCUCGCUGAUAUGAUGGCAAAAGGUUCAAAAUGUAGAUGGGGAAACUUCAUGGGUGUUGUUUUAUUUCCUUUAUGGAUAAAAUCUGAGGAUGAUCCGUUGGAGUACGUCCGAAGAGCCAAAGCUACUAUGGAUAUGAAAAAAGUCUCCAUGGAAACACUUCUGUUAUACGGAGUCAUCAAAUUUACCAUGAAAAUAUUUGGGGAAAAGGCAGCAGAAACUAUUGCUAAGAAGAUAUUUGGUCACACAACAUUGACAUUUUCAAAUGUGUUGGGUCCAAACGAAGAAAUAAGUUUUUUUCAGCAUCCGAUAUCUUACGUUGCAGCAAGCGCAUUGGUUGGACCACAAGCUCUAAUCAUCCAUUUUGUAAGCUACGUAAACAAGCUUAUCAUCAAUCUAGCUGUCGACACAGCAGUGAUUCCCGAUCCUCAUCUCCUAUGUGAUGAUUUAAUAGAAUCGCUGGAUCUCAUCAAACUUGCUAUCUUGGAGAAAGGACUUCAUAAAAUGGAGGUCUAA